ACCAAAAAUCGUCACUAUAAAAGAAAUUAUUAGUGACUUCUCUAAUUCCCACCACAAUAACCCUCCCAAUCAGAAGCCAUCUUAAUUAUAAACAAUUUUAAAGCUUGCUUAUUAGUGACUUCUUCUAGCUAAGAUGGCUUCAAAAGCAUUAGCAUCAACUUCCCUCCUACUAUGCCUAAACCUUGUGUUGUUCACUUUAGUAAGCUCUACAUACGUACCUUGCCCUCCGUCACCCAAAGCCCCAUCAGGCCAGCACGGAGGACACCAUGGCGGUCACCACGAUGGCCACCAUGAUGGCGGUUACCACGGAGGAAGUCCAGCAACACCAACACCAACAACGCCAAUAAUAAUGCCACCGGCAAGUCAAGCCAAGUGCCCAAUGGAUGCCCUAAAGUUGGGUGUGUGCGCCAAUGUGUUGGGUGACUUGAUCCACCUAGUGGUAGGAACCCCACCAAAAACACCAUGCUGCCCUCUCAUCGGAGGGUUGGUUGACCUUGAGGCGGCAGUAUGUCUAUGCACUGCAAUCAAGGCUAACAUAUUGGGCAUUAACCUUGACAUCCCUCUAUCUUUAAGCUUGUUGCUUAACUAUUGUGGCAAGAAAGUGCCCACUGGCUUCCAAUGUCCUUGAUUCAUAUAACCUAUUCAUUUCACGACUUAGCAUGCAUUAUUAUUUGGUGAUAGAUUUACGUACCAUCAAGCUUAAUUAGCUUGAUUUUAACUUGAUUUGUGUAAUUUCAAGGCCAGUGAAUUUUGUUUUGCAUUAAUUAUCAGAUCAAUAUUUAUAUUCAUGCAUGCUUUGUUGUUUGAUUUAAUCGAUUAUUGGUGAUUCUGUUCUUAAUCACCUUCAUUAUUGAUUCCCUGUUUGGUGUAAUCUCUUUCUUGCAUGAUUUAUAAAAGUUGAGUUUAAUUUCUUUAAAUAAUAUUUA